AUAGGUCAAUGUGACGUCCCGAGAAACAUAAACAUAAAACGUGUCAGUGUGUGUGUAAAACUGUGGUAUUAGGUGAGAGUGCAGGUGGGGGAAGAAGGGGGCACCGCCCACGGCCCAUACAAGGUUGGACAGCUUUAUAACAGAUGCAGAAGGAGGUUGGACAUCAUUACUGAACCUGCAGAUCAGAGUGAGGUUUUCUACCUUUAAACCUUGUCCCAUCACCAUGAAGACUGUGUUGCUCCUAACAGGACUCCUGCUCACUGCACUUGGCUGCUCUACCAUGCCGUGGGCUCCUAAUGCCCCCAGUCAGUGCUGCUUUUCCUUUACUACAAAGAAGAUCGAGCAAAGUCAGAUCGUGUCUAUCGUCAGGACCGGCAGCAGAUGCUCCAAGAAGGGAUUUGUAGUGACCACGCCAAAGGGAAAGGUCUGUGUUGACCUGAACCAGCCCUGGUUAAAGUCAAAUUAGUACAAUGAAAUAUCUCUGCCUGACAAAUUUUAAAAUUCCAUAAA